AUGGAGGCGAUCACGGUCGUCAACAAGUUUAUAAGAAAGGAGUAUGGACUGACACACGUCAACAUGAAGACAGACGCUGCCAUUGACCUACGCAAUCGUAUCACCAUUAGUCCCAAGGGCAACAUUCUUUUCAGAGAGCGGGGGUCAACCCAAAAGCUCCUAAAACCAAGGGUAGUCCUAACAAGCAACCCGAGUGGACACACUUAUCAACACAGCACGACCAACAGGUCAGCAGUUGAACAGUUUACAGAGUUCAUCGAAUGGUCAUUGCAGAGUUCAGAGCUGUAG